AAUGUGCAAAAUAAAACACGCAACUGUGGCAGCAACAAAACUAACAACAACACGCAGCAGCAGCAACAACCACUCUACUAAAAACCUAAAUGCCAUAAACUGAAUACCCUUAGCAAGAAGUGCAAAGCUUGAACCAAAAAAGGCCAUAAAGGAAUCGGAAGUGGUCCGAAAGAGCACAUAAAACGACACGCACACGGCGACAGCAGCCAACAAAAAAAGACAAGACAAGACAAGAAAAGAGCGUCAGUCAAUCACUCAGUCAGUCAGUCAGUCAGUCAGUCAGUCAGUCAGUCAGUCGGUGGGGCGACUGAGCAAUGCCAAAAAACAUGUUAGCGGCUCUAAUGGACAUGAGCCAGACGCUGGCGGCGAGCCUGGCCUAUGCGCCGCUGGAGUCGAACGCGGCAGCCACUGCCGCUGCGGCGGCUGCUGCUGCUGUCGUCCUGAAUGUCAGCCAGCUAGGCAAUUCGAGUCAGCUGGAUGGAUCGUUGGCAACAGCGGCGGCAACAACAACAACAACAGCGGUAACAACAUCGACGAGCACGCAUAAUGCCAGCGGCGAGGAGUAUCCGCAGUAUGUGAAGGUUUUGGAUCGCCCGGAGACCUAUAUUGUCACCGUGCUCUAUACGCUCAUCUUUAUUGUGGGCGUGCUGGGCAAUGGCACUUUGGUCAUCAUAUUCUUUCGGCAUCGCUCCAUGCGCAACAUACCCAACACUUAUAUACUCUCGCUGGCGCUGGCCGAUCUGCUGGUCAUUUUGGUCUGUGUCCCAGUGGCCACAAUUGUCUAUACCCAGGAGAGUUGGCCCUUCGAGCGUAACAUGUGCCGCAUAACCGAAUUCUUCAAGGACAUUUCGAUUGGCGUCUCCGUCUUCACGUUGACAGCGCUCUCCGGGGAACGCUAUUGCGCCAUUGUCAAUCCGCUGCGCAAACUGCAGACAAAGCCGCUGACUGUCUUUACGGCCGUGAUUAUCUGGGUGUUUGCCAUAAUGCUGGGCAUGCCAUCGUUUGUUGUCUCCGACAUCCAGGGCUACACACUGCCCACACCCAAUGGCAACAUCACCAUUGAAGUGUGCUCGCCAUUUCGCUCCAAGAUUUAUGCAAAAUAUAUGGUGGUUGCCAAGGCCUCGAUAUACUAUUUGGUGCCGCUGUCCAUCAUUGGCGUGCUGUACAUCAUGAUGGCCAAGCGGCUGCACAUCAGCGCCCGGGACAUGCCCGGCGAGCAGCUGAGCAUCCAGAGCCGCAGCCAGGCACGCGCCCGUCGCCAUGUGGCACGCAUGGUGGUGGCCUUUGUGGUCGUAUUCUUUAUUUGCUUCUUUCCAUAUCAUGUGUUCGAGCUGUGGUACCAUUUCUAUCCCACCGCCGAGGAGGACUUCGAUGAUUUCUGGCAUGUGGUGCGCAUCGUGGGAUUUUGUACAAGCUUCCUCAAUUCGUGCGUUAAUCCUGUGGCGCUUUAUUGUGUGUCCGGUGUGUUUCGGCAGCAUUUCAACCGUUAUCUGUGCUGCAUUUGCGUCAAGCGGCAGCCGCACCUCCGGCAACACUCGACCGCAACGGGCGUCAUGGACACCAGCGUCACCUCGAUGCGUCGUUCUACCUAUGUGGGCGGCGGUGGGGGCGGAGCCGUUGGCGGCAGCCUGGCCGCCCAUCGUGCCUCGCUGCACAUGAACAAUAACCAUGGCGUGGCUGUUGGUGGCGGCGGAGGCGGUGGCGGUCGUGGCGGCAGUUUUCAUCGCCAGGACUCGAUGCCAUUGCAACACGCGGGCAGCGGCAAUGGGCAUGCCCACAAUGUGGGCGGCCCUGGUGCUGGCAUCGGACGCGCCUCCAUCAUCAAUGAGAAAAGUUUAAUCAAACGCUACGACGAGCGCACACGCUACUAAAUUGCUACUCACGGGAUAAUCCUUCGGACUCAUAUGUGGGAUCAUUUUUUAACAUGAAUAAAGAACAGCAUUUGAGCUGACUUAUUAAGAAUACAAUUUGAAAUGUUUACAAAUUACAAAUUAAAAA